GAGAGAUCGCGGAGCCCGCACACACACGGCCCGCGGUCCGCCCCCACCGCGCCCAGCGAACGGAAGCGCCGGGCCGCCGCGAUGGACAGGCGGCGCCGGCCAAUCGGCGGGCGGGAUGGCCUCCCAAAAUCCAUGAUCGAGAAGGGCCCGGAGGUCUCGGGGAAACGGCGGGGCAGGAACCAGAACGCCGCCGGGGCGAAUAAUAACAACAACGGCGGCAGCAAAAGUUUAUCCGCCGCCCCUAACGGCAACAGCAGCGCGAACUCCUGGGAGGAGGGGAGCUCGGGGUCGUCCAGCGAUGAGGAGCACGCUGGCGGCGGAAUGAGGGUCGGGCCGCAGUACCAGGCGGUGGUCCCCGAUUUCGACCCCGCCAAACUUGCAAGGCGAAGUCAAGAGAGAGAGAAUCUCGGCAUGCUGGUCUGGUCACCUAACCAGAAUCUGUCUGAAGCAAAAUUGGAUGAAUAUAUUGCCAUUGCUAAAGAGAAGCAUGGAUACAAUAUGGAGCAGGCUCUUGGGAUGCUGUUUUGGCACAAGCACAACAUUGAGAAGUCUUUGGCAGACCUGCCAAACUUUACUCCAUUCCCAGAUGAGUGGACAGUGGAAGACAAGGUCUUGUUUGAACAGGCCUUCAGUUUCCAUGGGAAAACCUUUCACAGGAUCCAGCAGAUGCUUCCUGACAAGUCAAUAGCCAGCCUGGUGAAAUUUUACUACUCCUGGAAGAAGACAAGGACUAAAACUAGUGUGAUGGACCGUCAUGCUCGUAAACAGAAAAGGGAACGUGAGGAAAGUGAGGAUGAAAUGGAGGAAGCAAAUGGAAAUAACCCUAUUGACAUUGAAGUUGAACAAAACAAGGAGAGCAAAAAGGAGGUGCCGCCUGCUGAAACUGUCCCUCAGGUGAAGAAGGAGAAGCACAGCACACAGGCCAAGAACAGAGCAAAGAGGAAACCUCCCAAAGGAAUGUUCCUUUCCCAGGAAGAUGUGGAGGCUGUUUCUGCCAAUGCAACAGCUGCUACCACUGUACUCAGACAACUGGACAUGGAAUUAGUCUCCAUCAAACGGCAGAUUCAGAAUAUCAAACAGACAAACAGCGCGCUCAAAGAAAAGCUUGAAGGCGGUAUAGAACAAUACAGACUUCCAGAGGUCGUCCAGAAAUUUAAUGCACGUUGGACCACAGAUGAGCAGCUUCUUGCUGUACAAGCAAUCAGGAAAUAUGGCCGAGACUUUCAGGCAAUCUCUGAUGUGAUUGGAAACAAAUCUGUGGUGCAAGUGAAAAACUUUUUUGUAAAUUAUCGGCGUCGCUUCAACAUAGAUGAAGUCCUACAGGAGUGGGAGGCAGAGCACGGCAAAGAAGAGACAAAUGGAACCAAUAGCCAGAAGCCUGUAAAAUCCCCUGAUAAUUCCACUAAAAUGUCUGAAGAGGAAGAUGAGGCUACUUCUGUUCUUGAUGUCAGAUAUGCAUCUGCUUCGUGAGAAGGUGCUGUAGCCUAGAACAAUUUGUGUUGACUACUGUGUUAUCCAGGAUAUCAGGUAUUAGCAAACCUCAGACAGCCAUCUGCAUCAUAUCUGUGGACAAGCAGCUAUUACCAAAAAAAGGCAAACGCUUCCAGUCCUGUGCUACAUCUGCCUUAAUCUCCCCUCAUUCCUCCAUACUGCCUCCACUUUCUUUCAAAAGCACCCAGGUAGCUCAGCUCUCCAUUUCACCAACGUCAUGCUUAAGCAUGGGGACUUCUAGAACCAGUAACACCUGUCUAUAAAUUUUGACCAACCUGCAAAGCAAGGAGCUCCUUAGCAGCCCCACAGUAACUACACGUUAGGAGUUCUUAUAAUCCUUGGUCCGUAGGGUAUAAGUGUGUAUUGCUGCAUGGCCUCGUGGUCUCCGCUUCCUGUGUAUUCUUACGAUGACACUAUGAUUAGUGAGCUUUCUAUAAAGGAGGGGCCUGUGCACAUGCCAGCCACGUCAGGUUUGUUCUGCAGUGACAGGACAUGUUAGCAAGCAAUCAUGAAUAUAAUGCAAAGUGACAGGAAAUGUUAUUUCUAAGGUUUGGUCAGUCCAAGGUUGUAGAUGUAAUUCAUAACACUUCUGGUUUGUGCAAUUCUUUCCACUGUAUUUGUGUGUUCUUGCUUCAUAGAAAGCUCCCUAAUUGAGCAUUUUAUUCCUGUAUAUUUUAAUGGCUUUUAUUUAGUGCAAAAGGGAAUACUUAACCUGGAACUGUUUGAUACGCUGUUUAACCCCUGGCAUUCAGCAUUUGCAUUGUAACUUGUUAAGUGAGUGCUACACAACUUUCUUUUUCCUGAUCCUCUGUGGGAUUAAGUCAAAACAACUUUCUCUGGUGCCUCUCCUUUUGGGGAAUAUGUGCCUUUUUGCAUUUGGCAACCAUAGAUCACUUUCUGUCCCAGUGUCUCAUUCCUCUUCAGAGCACUGUUUGCCAAAGACAUCAAACUGCUUCUCCCACUGGAAGUCUUGGAUGAGGGUUGGAGCACAAAAUUCAACCUUCAGGAGUUUUUGGUUUCUUGGAAGUGUAAUGGAGAAGAGCCGGGUUAAUUUUCAUUGGCCAUUUUAACCCUUCUGAAGCACACAUCGCUUUCAUGUUCUGAACCAAAAUAUGCAAUUUAAAAUCUAAGAGGUGCUUUUCCAAAUACUUGGUGCAUGCAGCUUUCAAAUCCCAGCCCUCUGCUCGGAUGGCCUAUCUAGCUGGCUUGAACUGGAACUGUUCUUGCAAGUCCCGUGGGAGGACUUUGCACCUUGAACAGGAUGGUUGCUGACUGCUGAGCAGACAGUGUCCAGGGAAGCUAGAAGCAGCAGUAUUACUCCUUGUCCAGUGGAAAGCCACAAAAUAACACUAGUCACAAAGCAUUUAAAAAUGGUUAAUUUAACAAUGUUGGAAAAAACCACCAGGUGUCUUUGCAGGUGGAAGAAAGGACCUUUCUUGCCUCUCUACAGAGGAUUCAAGCCAAGAUGGCACACAGUGAUGUACAGCACCAGCCUUUCUUAACACAACUUGAAAUGGGCUAGCCUGUGGUCUGGCCUACAGCUGAGGCUGGUGGAGCUGUGCCAUGCUGUGUGCUGUGGUGACUCUGCUCUCUGUACCUGAGCAAGGCAGGCUAACGCCAGCUGGGUGACAGAGCUGGCUCUGGCCCUUCCUGCAGUGUGCUCACAGCCCAGGAAAAGCAGGGGCCGUGGCCUCUUGUAGCAGUGAGCUGUGGUCUUACCCUUGGGCUGUGUGUGAGGAAGGUAACUCAAUGUCAGAAACUGGGCAGCAACAGGCACAGCACAGGCAGAGAUUUCCUAGGGCAAGUUAAGAGUGUGGAGCCCCAAAAGGGCCUGUUUCAGCCACUUAGCAGCUGUUUCUGAGCAUUUCCAUUCUAGUAGCUCCAGAGAGAUCCUCUGAGGUGAUGGGAGGAUGGAAGGGAGCUAUUCCCUAUCCUGUGUAUUGCUGUUUGUGUUUCUGAGCUGUUGCUGUGAACUGGCAGCUCUGGUGGCUCAAAUGUUCCUUCAGACCUGUGCCAGUUGGAGCUGGGAGUCUCUUUUGGGAAGGAAUGCUAGGUGUUAGCCAGUGUGAAUUAGGAAUAAAGACCGGGCAAAUAGCACUGUGAAUCCAGUUGACAGUUGUGGUGUAAAGCAAUGCUGCUCUUUAGAAACACUCUAGUAUUAAAUAUUAAACCUCCUGCUGGUCCCAGUGCACGGAGACAGGUCCUCACCAGUGUGGGAGCUUGCAUCCCAGCUGGGGGAACUCAUCAGGAGAGGCUUCUGCUGGAGACUUAGGUACCUGUGAGGACUUCUCAUUGGUUUUUGCCCUCAAAUCUGUCCAUCUUAUCAGAAAAGUUGUGUUUUGGCUUCAUCCCCAUGGGGUAGGGGGAAACGUGUAUAAUUUGUGAUAUUAGGAAGAAAAAAGUUGUUUAAUUACUUUUCAGUUGACUGCUAUCUUAUUGUAGUUGAUACAUGCAAUAUAAUAGCACUGUAUUUUAAACGUUUAGUUUUUUACAUUCUCUUGAACUAUGUUUUUAAAUGGGAUAAAAUCAUUUUAGCUUUUGAAAUGGUUUGACCCUGUUUAGGUGAAGACCCUCUUUUUCUUUUGUUAAAUGGGUCAAGCAUUAGAUACAUCAACUGGUUGAAUUCUGACUAGAAGGGUCCACAAAGAUAACUGCAUAAGAUAAGAAUAUUCACUUAAAUUUUGUUUCUUAAACUAUCGAUGUGAAUGUCAUAAUUAUAUAUAUUUUGUGGAAAAUGGGAAAUUAUUUCUCCUAAGUAUAAGUUAUUGUGCAAAAUAUGGUAUCGUUAAAGAAAAUGAUAGUUUAAGUUUUAGUUUUAGAAAUCUUAAAGAUAUAAAAGUGUAUUGCAUAUGCAUAAACAAAUUUCAUUUGUUCUAUUUAAUUUUUAUGUAGUUGUGUAAAGUGCUAGGUAACUUCUUUUUUCACUUAUCCAUUAAAACAACCUUGUUACUUGAAUAUUCGUGUUUAACUGGUUUGAAACAGUGAUCAAUUUUUGUAAUAUAAUCUUAUAACCAAGGGAAAAAAAUACACGCCUCAGUUGUGCUUAACAGUAAAGCAACAAUGUACAAUCAGAUGCUUAAGACCGUAGUAGCCAUACCUGGUAGUGCAACCACAAUGGUUGUGUCUCAAUAUAUUUAAUACCAAUGGGGAUAAUGGUUUCUUAAUAUAUUUUUACAACCAGGAAGACCCCAUAAAUAUCCACUAGAACACUUUUUUAAUAGUUAAAAUAAGAGUGAAACUCUUACUCUCUUAAAGCAAUGUCCUGACAAACAUUUUUCUUUCCUGUACAAACACAUCAGAAACAUUAUGUAUUAAAAUAUGCUCAUUGUCACUUUAAAUUUCAGUUUUUAUUCUAUGAAAUCGCUAAUAUGCUGUUGGUAUUCUUGCACACCAAAUAUGAGCCAAACAGUGCAUUACACUAAUUUGAUCACUGGGUUUGUGAACAAAAAUCUCCAAGUUAAUGAAAUGCAAAAAUAUCAUAGGAGAAUUUUUUUUGAUAAUGCGUUUAUUUUUCAAAUUGGUAUGAAUUUCUGGAUAGCUCAUUCAGCAACGAGUGGGCUGAUAUUUUUAAAAAAAAAGAGAAAUUAUUUUAUUAGCUCCAGCUUGUCUUCAGUAAGUCAGAAUCUAGUGAUCUUGUGCAAUGCCCCUAAAGCAAAUACUUUCUGCCACUCCCUGGAUUAAUGCAGCUUUUCCUGUUGAUAGUAAAGCACAAUUGCAGUGAAAGUUACAGUUCAGAAGAUGGAAGGUCAGUAUAGUCUAUGCAUGUUGUAUAAUAAUGAGUGUUUACAUUCAUAUUCUCCUAAAAUAAAAUUUAUACUGGAGUGUAUAGUAUUCCAUUAUGUAGAUUUUAUCAAUUUUGUUAACUGCUUAUAGAUUGCUUAAAAGAAGUUUUUUCAAGAUUUUAAAAGAUGUAUAAGGUUAAGUUUGCAAAUAUAAUGGAAAUGCUGUAUAGCUUUUGAAGUGACGAAAUACUCGUUGGGAUUUUAAAGAAAGUAUGUUGUAAUAAUGCUGUUGUAAGUAAUAUUUUAAAUGUCUUUUUUGCCUGUUUUCUAUUAUUCAGCACACUUACUGUGAUGAAUGUUCAUAGCAUUAUAAAAUUGCUUAGCCACUGAAAAGUAACAUUUGGUUUUGGAUUAUUUUACUGUAUGAGGAAUUAUAGUGGGGUAAAUUCCUUUGUGAAAUUCUACAUAAUUCAUUUUUCUAUGAUUUCCAAUGUUUGCUGACAUCAAAUAAAAUUUUUUCAAGCCAUUGAUGUAAUAAAAUAUGUAGUAAAAUGUUA